CUCAACAGUCUAUCAUUCAAAUCUCUGCAUGGAAAGGACAAGCAGAUGCUAAGAAUCACAGUUUGUUUCAUUUAACAGACCUGAGAGCCAGGACUGCAGAAGACCAGCUCUUCUCCUGGAGCGUGAAGCAGUUAAAGACAACUAAUUCUGAUUCAGGGAAGGCAGUUUGUGCCCCAGAUCUGACAACCUACAGGAAUCAUUUGGGAAAGAACUGAGGAAAGCCAUCACCAGCCAGCAAAUCAGAGGGAGACCAACAAGCAGCUUGACUCAGUACCAGGAGCUUUAGUCAUGUUCAGUUAUCCAGCUGCAGAGGCAGGGUCUUGCUUCCAGAGGAUGGGAUCAUCUGGGCCACUGAAGAGGAGGCUGGAGGAGCUGAAGAAGCCAUGGUGGAGGGAGCCCAGUAGCAACACAGUGCUGCAGCACAGUGAGACUGCCAGACUUGCUACAGAUGCUUUUUUGGAGGAGGGAAAGACUGGCUAUCUACAAGCCAUUGCUGAGGAACGGGAGCUACCAUUUCUCUCCACCCUAGACAUGGAGUACAUAAGCCAAUAUAAAUGCCAAAGCAUCCCAGAAGCAAAUGCAAGCAAAAGUUGUGAAGUAGGGUCCAAAGAGGGGGACACCAGUGACUUGGCCUCCCUCUUUUCUGAACUAACUUCUGGCACCUACUUCCCACUCAUGUCUGAUGUGCACCCGCCAGAGCUUGAGCUGGGCUGGCCAAUGCUGUCAUUCACUACAAGGUCAAACGAAACUCAAGCCAGUGUGUACUUCCAGAGGAACAAGGCUUACAGCAUCAAGGAUUUACUCCGGUCCCUGAUAAGCAGGGCAAAAACGGUGAUCGCAAUCGUGAUGGAUAUCUUCACAGACAUGGAGAUACUAUGUGACCUGUUAGAAGCUUCCAACAGACGACACAUCCCUGUUUACUUGAUCCUUGAUGAAAAAUACUUGAAAUAUUUUGUGGAAAUGUGCAGUAAGAUGGCUCUCACUAGCGAACAUUUCCCAAACAUGAGAGUCCGAUAUGUAAGUGGAGAUAUAUACUACAGCAAAGCAGGAAAGAAAUUUGGAGGUCAAGUGCUGGAGAACUUUGUCCUGAUAGACUGUGAUCAAGUUCUCACUGGUACCUACAG